GCCUGUAGUGAAAACGGCACCGUGUUAAUAAGCCCUAAUUAAUAAUUCUCGUCGCAAGUGGCCCUGCAUCUCUCGUCUCUCCUCUCCCGCUUCUGACAGUGGCCGUUUGCUCGGAACCCUAGUUCUUCGUAUCGUCUCCACAAUGAAGCUUGUCAGGUUUUUGAUGAAGUUAAACAACGAGACUGUGUCAAUUGAACUCAAGAAUGGCACUGUUGUUCAUGGCACGAUUACAGGUGUUGAUAUCAGCAUGAACACUCAUCUGAAGUCCGUGAAGCUUACACUGAAGGGGAAGAAUCCUGUAACUUUGGAUCAUCUUAGUGUUAGGGGAAAUAAUAUUCGCUAUUACAUCCUACCUGACAGUUUGAAUCUCGAGACUUUACUUGUUGAAGAGACACCUAGAGUCAAACCAAAAAAGCCAACUGCUGGGAGGGCUAUGGGACGUGGUCGGGGUAGGGGACGCGGUCGAGGACGUGGUCGUGGCCGUUAGAUGUUGUUGAACUAAGUUUCAAUUUGUGUGACAUGGUUGUGUAAACAGCUUGUAUGAGAGUUGCUUGGUCACGUAGGAUUGUAUUCAACGUACUUCUGGUGAACAAACACUUACCUUGAGGGGACUUGAUUAAGGAUUCUGAAUUCUCACCUGGUAUUUUGUUGCUUGAAUGCCACUGAAAGAAAAGGUGAGGUGCAGGUGAAUGUGCUUAUGAUAGAUUGCUGAAAAUUAUAUAUUGGUUCAAUUGUUCUACCGUAAAGUGACUUUCCCCCUGUUUGAUGGGGUCCAGCCCCUCGUGAGUGGACAUAUAGUAUGCUGUAUGCAUUCAAGAGUGAUUCAGAUGUUAGUUUUCUGCA